GAUUACUGUUCAACCAAUCCAUGUGAAAGUAUUUGUGUGAGCAAUACGACAGGACGCGUGUGUCUGUGUCGUGAGGGGUUUACUUUGAAUGCGGAUGGACGCACGUGUACAGAAACUACAGGCUCUCUUCAUCGCGCUUUAGUCUGGGCUACAUCAACCACAAUAUGUGCUGCUGAUGUAAGAGGCAUCCAUGACGAAGUUAAUUACAUAGCGACUAACAAAACAUGUUUCCCGAAUGUUGGGUCGAAUAUAAAUUGGCUUACAGUCGAUUCUCAUGAUCGAACGGUAAUAUUUGCGGACGGCAGUGACAUCUAUACCGUGACAUUAGAUGGGAUUCACACAAAACAACGUAUUACAUCAGCAACGGAAAACGUGACAGGACUAGCAGUAGAUUGGGGAGACAAAAACGUCUACUGGUGCCAAGGACAACAAUCUGGAACUGGGAAAAUAAAUGCUUUCUCUCAAACAACACGGAACAAACAAACUCUUAUUUCAAACGGAUUGGACAAUCCAAAGGCAUUAACCAUUCUUCCCUUGCUAAGAACGAUGAUGUGGAUAAAUGGGAGAUCCGGCAGCUAUCAGAUUAAUAAGGCAAAUGUGAAUGGAACCGAUAUUCAGACGAUUGUAAGCUGGAAGUACUUGUCUAAUCCACUAGACCUAACUGUUGAUUUAGCUUACCAGAGACUGUAUUUUAUUGACGGAAACAGUAUAAAAUCAGUGCAGUUCGAUGGAACUAAACUGACAGAAGUUGGUGGGGGAGUUGCUAAAUCAACUUUGCCUCUAAAACUUCAUUCAUACAAGAAUCACCUCCUCGUGGCUGACGCAGGAAUCAAUCUGGAUGUUCUGUCUCUGACUGAUUCAGAAAGCAAAACUUACACUAGAUCUUUUUAUACUCUUGUAGCAGUUACUGAUAUUAGUGUUGUUGAUAUCACCGAACAGCCAGAAGAGAGCGGUCCUUGCGAUGCUGAUAAUGGGGACUGUGAGCACAUUUGUAUUCCACUUGAUCGAAACAGAAUAUGUCAGUGUAGCUUUGGUUUUGUUCUUGAUAACAACACGGAAACAUGUUCAUCAGAACCUCUGUUGGACAAUUUUAUGUACGUUUCGGAUUGGACACAUGAUAAAGUGUAUCAAAUUUCUCUCAUAAAUAACGCUGUAAACGCCCUUGAUAGUUCGACCGUGACUGACCCUACAGGUGUCCUCUACAAUUCAAUUACAAAACGAAUCAUAUGGGGUGAUUACACAUCAAAAUAUAUUCAGUCUGCAAAUGCCAACGGUACAGGAUAUUCAGUGUUAAAUAAUGUCGGGACGUAUCGCGCAUAUCCCAACCGGCUGGAUUUGGACUACAGUACAGGGAACAUUUACUACACUGCUGUAGGAUCAAGUGUGUUGCCGACAGGUUUCACUGGCAUCGGAGUUGUGGCUCCUAAUGGUUUCCAUAGAAAAUUGAUCUCGGACGGUGUUAAACCGAUGGCAAUUGCAAUUGAUCCUGUUCAAGGAUUUCUGUUUUGGACGGACCUCGGUACAAAUCCUGUAGUAUUGAAACGCGCCCACACAGACGGCACCAACAUUGUUACACUGUUUACAUCAAUGGUAUGGCCUAACGGGAUAGCCAUUGACACAUCGGCAAGAGAAUUAUACGUUACUGAUGGCAAAACGGACAUCAUCUACCGCUGUGGAUAUGAGGCAAACACGUGUUAUCAGUACUUCAGAGACCCUGGAGCGAAUCUCAUGGACAUUAAGCUUCUCGGCAACUAUCUAUUUUACACUGCUUGGAUUAAAGUAUACAUAACUAAAUUGCACAAAUCAAACACAAAAGACACCUCGAAGUUUGCAAACAAUGCAGAACUCGGCAGAUUGGAUUCAAUUUCUUUGUACUCAUCAACGUUUCUUACAACAAAUGUCCAGUCACAAUGCUCUAGUAACAACGGACGAGGGAACUGUAGCACGUUCUGUCACCCAACACCGAACAGCUUCACGUGUGGAUGCCCUGACGGAGAGCAAUUGCUUCCAGAUGGAAAAACAUGUCCUAGUGUAACAGAAACUUCGGACGAUAAAAGCAAUGGUGACAAAGCUUCCUCUUCUCAAAGCAUGCACAUUGGAGCCGGAGUUGGUGUAACAGUAGCUAUUGUCAUUAUUGUUGUCGUCAGUGUCAUCGUUUUAAGAAAGUAUGCACACUGUAAAAUAUGGGGAAGAAAGACACAAAGUGGUCAAAGGAACUUACAGAAUCCCCCAAGUCGCCAAUCAGUGAGUAAUACUGGAGCUGUAAUCUUACAAACGCAUGGCGAAAUCUACGGAAAACCAAAAACUAUCGAAGGCGUAGAACAUGACUAUGUAGGAACGGCGUCUGAUUUCGAAGAUCCUAGUUUGAGCAUGGAGUUUUCCGGUGUGUAAUUAACAUGAUCGGACGGGCGUAGAUCAGUUAUGGAUUAGUUUAACCAAUCCUACGUCAACAUCGGUAACUCCAAGCAUUUCGUACUGGUCGCGUUGAUACAAAAAAUGAUAAGUGUUGAAUACACGUUUGUUAGAUUCCGUCAUUGACAUCUAAGUUAUGUACAUUCAUUUCUUGCAAACAUAAUUGGCUUACAGUCUAUACUGUACCACCGUAGUUUAAACGAUCAAAUAUGUAAUUAUAUGUAACUGUAUGAUAGUUAUAUAUAAAUUUAAACCACACUUAUGUAAAUACGUUUUGGAGCAUCAAAUACUUGAUUAUAUGUAGAUACAAUGCAAAAGCAAAUUUUUUAUCAAUCUAUUGUUUCGAGUACUUCUAGUUGACAAACAUACUUCGAUACAACUUAUAAAUGAAUUGUUAGGUUCUCGUCUUACAUAUAAAUUGUGUAAUAGGUAAGAACACAUACUGUAUUUACGUAUGUAUAUUUUUGUCAUUGUUUAUAUUCAACUUGCAUUUGAAAUUCAUGUGUGUGGUGUAUUUAUAUUUACUAUUUUAUCUUUGAUACACUUAUUGUUAAAAAACUAUUUUUCUAAUGACCAUAUGUUUUUUUUAUUUUGUUAUUAUACACAGUUUAUAUAGUAUAACUAGACAAACGUUUAUUAUUUAGUUUCUCCAUACAAUAUUAGAAGUUGAAGUAGUAUUUUAAGUACGAAUGUGUGUUGUAUUUCUAAAAUUAUAUUCUUUUAAUUCAAUAACUUCUAAUUGCAUGUAAAGAUUUUUCUUCAUCAUUGUGCUUUAAUUUUUUAUCAUAACCCCGUUCAAAACAGACUCAAUUAAACAAUUGUAGUUGUAUGCCCCUCAUUGACGAAGGCAACAUAUAGCAGUCCCACUGUUCGUCGGUGCCUCUGUGCGUCCCUCCACCCAUCUGUCAGAAAGGACUUAACAAAUUCUUGCAUCCAUUACUUGUCAUAAAUGUUAACUAAUAUAAGACAACGUGUCGCGGGAAACAUCCGUCUAUACCUUAAAGGUCAAGUCACAUUAGAAGUAAAAACAUAAAAUUCCUGUCCCAUACACACCUUUGCCUUAUAUCGAUGGAUUUUCAAAUAUAUAUAUGCAACGAUUUGAUUGAAUAGCUUGUCAGGAACAUAGUUUAUUAUCACAUUAGUUCGCGUCAUGCGCCUGAAAGAAUAUUUUUAGUAUAUUGAACACUUUCGCUCAAGAUGUUACUAUUUCUCAUAAAUUAGUUUAUUAUCUGAAAGUUUUCGCUGCUUUUUGUAGUCGUUUUUAGUUUUAUAAAGUUUAUUUUCAUAUUUACAUUAAACAUAUUUUACACGUAUUUGGUUUCUUUAAUGUUGCUUGGCCACGUAGCUGUCUAAGGUAUCCAAAUUGAGGCUGGUGAUGAUAGUUCUUG